AUGCAGGAACUGGAAAAUCAUGUCUUCUUCACCAGUUUAUUGAGAAGAGAUGUAAGUUCUGUCCAAUGGAUUGUAUUGACAUGUAGCUUAUUUUAGGGACAGGCUACAAUUUAUGAUUAAAUUAACUUUGAAUAAAUGAAUAGGCAUUGUUGUGGGUAUGUGUUGUGAUAUUAAGUGGCGCAGUGGUCUAAGGCACUGCAUCGCAGUGCUAACUGUGCCACUAGAGAUCCUGGUUCGAAUCCAGGCUCUGUUGCAGCCGGCCACGACCGGGAGACUCAUGGGCGGCGCACAAUUGGCCCAGCGUCGUCCAGGGUAGGGGAGGGAAUGGCCGGCAGGGAUGUAGCUCAGUUGAUAGAGCAUGGCGUUUGCAACGCCAGGGUUGUGGGUUUGAUUCCCACGGGGCCAGUAUGAAAAUGUAUGCACUCACUAACUAAGUCGCUCUGGAUAAGAGCGUCUGCUAAAUGACUAAAAUGUAAAUUAACGUGGAAUGAUUUCAUUUAAAUCACAGUCAAAGACGAUUCGAAUCACACCAUCGGAGUGGAGUUUGGCUCAAAGAUAAUCAACGUGGUAAACAAAUAUGUCAAACUCCAAAUCUGGGACACUGCGGGACAAGAGAGAUUCAGGUACUGUACAGUAUGUGAGAGCAUUUCACAGACCUACCCCUACUGUGGCAGGGCGUUAGACAUUUUUCUCAAACCAGCUUGGACCGUUUCAUGCAUGCCCAUCUCCAGCUGAUCAUUAGAGAACGUGUGCCAGAUCCUUGGAACAGCAAGUAAAUGAAUCAUGGCCAGCUGUUGUGGGGGAGAUAAUAAUGCGGAGCGCAGCAACAAUUCUGAAGCACUACUACUGAGCACCAUAGAGCAUUUUGUUUUGCACAUUGGCCAACUCCUUAUCCAGCUUGGAUGGCACCGGAUCAGCUUUGGAGGACAGCACUAAAUUAUGUUAUGUAUAGCUAACUAUAGAUAUAGUAGGAGAUGGAGAAUGUCAAAUUUGAGAAUGUUAAUUUAAUAAAUGUAAUUAUGUGUCAAAUUUUCAAAUUGAUGCAGUUAUGUAUUUUCAACUGAUGUUAGUUGCUUUCCUCUCCCAGGUCUGUGACACGGAGUUACUACAGAGGCGCUGCAGGAGCACUGCUUGUGUAUGACAUCACCAGGUAGGCUAAAUGACCUACUCAUAGGUGAUCAGGAGAGUUGAGGAGAAAUAAUCCUUGCCUUAUUAUGGGUGGACCUUCAACGGGUAUGCUGUUUUGGAGCUGUCGUCCAUUUUUGUGAAUAAACAAAACACAACUGUUUCUAAAAAUACAAAUAUUGAAUGUAGUACGUAUCAAUGGGACCUAGAUAUAUGACUCAUUGGUAGCACAGUGGCUUCCGAUCGACUGUUUUGGAAAACACUGCUCUAACCUUCCUAAAGUCGAAUGUGAUUAAAGUGAACAGAACCAUCAAGUCUGAUUUGUAUGUCUCCACUGCUCUCCCUCUCGCUCCAUUGACCUGAUCGUCCUCAGCCGGGAAACCUACAACGCCCUGACCAACUGGCUGACGGACGCCAGGAUGCUGGCCAGCCAAAAUAUUGUCAUCAUCCUGUGUGGUAACAAGAAGGACUUGGACGCAGACCGGGAGGUCACCUUCCUGGAGGCGUCUCGCUUUGCUCAGGAAAAUGGUGUGUUUAGUAUGACUGAUGAUCCCUUUAACGCUAAAUUCCAAGGGCUGUAUGUAUCAAGCAUCUCAGACUGGGAGUGCUGAUCUUGGAGGAGAACCUCUAUGUAGUCUUAUUAAUUUUGUUCAAAAAAGGCAAAACUGAUCCUAGAUCAGCACUCCUACUCUGAGAAGCUUGAUGCAUACAGACCCAAAUCUAGCCCCUACCCUCUGCUGUAGAUCUGAACGUCUUGGAAUUCCACAGAAGCCAAGGUGAAGCAAUUACCAUAAAAUCCUAAUUUAUGAUUGUUUGCACUGCGAAUACUCCACUAGAGGUCACUGUAGGACAACUCACUGGUGUGAACUAGUGCCCACAGAACCAUUGCAAUUCAUGUCCUCCACAGCUAAAUUUACAUUUUAGUCAUUUAGCAGACGCUCUUAUCCAGAGCGACUUAGUUAGUGAGUGCAUACAUUUUCAUACUGCCCCCCCGUGGGAAUCAAACCCACAACACUGGCGUUGCAAACGGCAUGCUCUACCAACUGAGCUACACGGGACUGACUUAGGCUUAGGUGUUCAAAUGUUACCAACAUUGAUGAUAAUCAAUGUUAAUAUUGUGUCCCGCUGUCUUGUCUGUUUCAGAACUUAUGUUUCUGGAGACCAGUGCUCUGACAGGGGAGAACGUGGAGGAGGCCUUUGUGCAGUGUGCCAGGAAAAUCCUCAACAAGAUAGAGUCAGGUAUCUCUCUGCAAUCAGUAUCUUCUCACCUUAACCAACAGCAAUGAAAUUGUAGUUUACCAGCUGAACUCUACUGUUUCAGCUCAGGGACUUUAUUUCUAUCUCCCUCCCUCUCUCUUGCGCAACUCUCUUUCUCACUCUCCAUCUCACUCUUUUCUCUCUCUCUCUGUUCUCUUCCAGGAGAGUUGGACCCGGAGCGGAUGGGAUCAGGGAUCCAGUACGGAGACGCGGCGCUGCGCCAGCUGCGCUCCCCUCGCAGGGGACAGGCCGAGAGCGCCCAGGAUUGUGGCUGUUAGUGAACACGCUCAGUGUGCUCAGAUCCAAGGUGAGAGACUCCUCCCCCUCACAGCUGCCUACUGCAAAGGAUUCUGCUCUGGGACUUGCCCUUGUGUUAUCACACUAGUAACUCAAUUAGUAGCUCAGUUUAGUGACAUCCAAACAACUCCCUCUCAAAAUAGCACGCACAAAUACAGUUGUAAUCGUAGAUGGUGCUUUUCACAUUCACAUGUUAUGUAAGAGGCCAUUCAAAAGUCCUCUCCAUUUUACAGUUGUCUGUGUUGCUUUGCAUGGAGCAGGUAAAGCAUUAAUUUGUCAUUUUGAGGAGCACCGCCGUGAGCUUUAAAGAUUGGGCCAUAAUGAAACCAAAUGCUGAAACGUGGCUAGUUUUAUCAGCAUUAUUGGUGUCAGGAUCAUCACUUGCCCCCUCGGCAACGGGGGGUUCGAGCCCUGGCUCGGCCCACUGUCUGUACCCUUAACUACUUUCUGUACCCCUCUCUAUCUGUACUUACAUCUGUCCUGUCAAAACAAACAAACAAUAAAAUACAUAAGGGGAUUAUCACAAUGCUGAUUGAUCCUUGUUCUUCUCAAAUGGUUUCCCUGAAGAGGCUUGCUAAAAGGUGAUCUCUGACACUACUUUCACCAGUAUCAUCAUACUUCAGGGUCAUGUUAAUGGUUGUGUCCCAAAUGUAACUCCCUAAGUCCAGUGUUUUAUUCUAUCAUACUGUAUCUCUCCCUUGGGUGACUCCACCUCUUUUGUGAGAGGGGAAGCUAAAGGGGCUCAACCGUUUGAAAAUGAUCGAAUGACCCUGCUCAGAAGCUGUCUGGAUGUGGCUCCACACAACUGUUGUCAAUACAGUGUUCUCUCUGGGCAGAUAUAUUUAACCCGAGGUUCUGCUGACUCCUGUUGGGGCAAGGCAUUAAGGGUCUCUGAAAUGCCUUAUUUGGGUAUUGUAGUAUUUCACAAAAAAUGCCUGGCAUAAAUAGAGGGGUACAAUGUCUACAAAAAUAAAUGCUCAAUUAUCUUGUCAAUUACAGAGUGUAGAGUUGAGUACUUGCCAAAUAUUGCCAGCACGCAAUUGUAACAAAAUGUAACUAUUAACUGCACGUUGACACAGAGGUUUCUUAGCUAAAGGGGCUAAUUUACAAGAUCCCCACUCACGUGUGUGUAUGGAUUCAAACCUCUCUCUGUCCUUGUUUUCAGGCAUGUUGGUGAAGACUUUGAGGAAAGAUGACAGAUGUAGGGAACAUGAUACAGAGCUCAUCAUGGCGGAGCGACUCUUCCCUGACCUUCUUUUAACUUCCCAACUUCCGGAUGUUCCGUCAGAGAGACCCACAGAGAAUCCUGGAUUCCUGGCCUCACACUGGAACGCUGAGCUUGUUCCUGGACCCCUCAGACACAGGCAGAGAGUCCUGUUUCAUCUCCUCAAGCCCUUCAAUCAUCUGGGCUGUAUUCAUAAAGCGUCUCAG